ACAUCCCGCAGCGUUUUAAGAGGUGCCACUAAGAAACUCGGCACUGAAUUUUAUAGACACCUUUUAACAAGAAAGAUAAUCAUAUUUAUCAGAUAAUUUCAUUUACGUAGACCAGAAAUAAGAUUAUCUAUCCUGUUCAUGAGAUCUGUGAAACUUGGUGCCAAGCAUGUAGUCUUGCCCCUUUUAAAGAAGCACGUCACUAUUUUUUUCAAGCCAGUCGUCCGCUUGUCAUGCAUCAAGAUGGAGCUGUUUGUAUACCUUUUGGGAAUGUUGCAUUUUUGUCAAGCUUCGGUCACGGAAAUGUCCUCAUUUCGAGGUUUCUCAAAGGAAAUUAUGAACGAUCCCGAAAUAAUGGAAUAUCCGAUCCAAUUUGAAAGUCCACUGAACCUUACCUUAUUUGAAUGCGCAAUUUUGAUGAAUAAAAAGAGGACUGAUUUGGCCCCAUUAGGAACCUCGCAAGAAGACGAUAGGUGCGAAAUACGGAAAUUUCCGCCAUUGUUGUUGAAACCCGUCAAAGCUGGACCAUUUAGUGUCAAAUUUCUCUUUGUUGACAAGAGCCCAUAUGUCUUAGAUAAGACGCUAUGGGAAAAGUUGAUAUUUGUCCUUUUUUUGGAUGAGUCAAAAAAGUUUUUCAAAGACCAAUACUUAGGCUUCACCAAAGGAGCAGAAGCAGUCCUUCCAGGCCAAUCGUAUGAUGGAAUGAUUUUUUCGGAAAAAUCGCCAUUUCCUGGACCUUUUGGAACCUUGGCAUGGAAUGUAGAUGCCUCAACGCUAAAAACUAUUCAAGUACAAUCAACUGAAACAAAGAAGUUCACUCUCCUUUUCUGGUACAAACUGGAUUUAGAGCCGACUGAACGACAUCGGAUCAUGAGCAACGACAAAAUUGUAUUUUUUGCCACGAAUGCACCAAGUCAAAAUCAUCCGAUUUGUCAAUACCAGAAUAUGCUUUUCGAUGUAAGUUCCACUACAACUUUGCCAAUUCAAUCUUGGGCUCACAUCGCCAUUGCGGGAGAGUGGAGUGCCGAAAAUGUUACGACAACGAUUACGUACUAUCUGAACGGCGUCAAAACGGGAGACACUAGCUUAUCCGGAUUCGAUGCUACCAUUGGAACAAACGAGUUGGUAGUUGGAGAUACAAGCAUCAAAGGCCACCUAUCAUCACUAAUGUUCUUCGGAGAAGCUUUACCUGCAGAAGAUAUUGUGGACCUCAUGAAUCUGAAGAGAUUCUAGAUCUUCAUUUGUCUCGUUGGUCACAAGUUACAUGGUCUACAAUUAAAAAAGCAACUUGGAAGCGUUGUACUGGAGGGAGGACUCCCUCCGUAAAAACAAGGUCACACCAGUUUUGUAGAUUGAUCAUAGUCCUUCAGGGAAGCCAACGCGUUCUUUGUUCUUGAUUUGAAUAAUAAUUUAUCUACAAUAAAGCAAUGAUCAGCGAC